AUGGAUAUUCCUUUGACUCAAAUCGCGGCUGCUAUUCCCCCAGGUGGGGCGUCUGGAUCCUUCAAGAUACAAAUCAACCACAAACAUCCCGUGCCACUUCCAUGUGACGGUGAAGUAUUGGUAAAACUUGAGUAUUCCGGAGUGUGUCAUACAGACGUGCAUAGUAUUCGAGGUGACACCCCAAUGUUGACUGAUGUCGCUGGCCAUGAGGGAGUGGGGACAAUUGUUGCAGGUAUUAAAAGAGGCUUCAUAAUUGAACUGAUGUUAGUAUAUCAAUGUGGCUGGAUGCCUCAGUUCGGCUUUGAUGGGUCAGCACUGAUUUAUGUCCCUUUGACCAGAUGGCUAUACAGCUCUUGUCUGGAAUGCGAAAUUUGUGCAAUCAAUCAUACAGCCUGUCCUUACCAGCAGAAUGCUGGAGCACUACACCAACAAGUGAUAAUGCACUGCCGAGGUCAACGUCUGCUUGAUUUGUUACUGAUGUCUCUCUUGAUGGGAAGAAUGUUCCGGGUACCUUUCAGCGUGAGCAGUGCUACUUUCAUCGUGCAAUUUAAUGCUCAGCACUAA